AUGCGAAAGCUGGAAUGGGACAACAUGGGAGUGAAGAUUGACGGUCGGCAGCUACAUAAUUGGCGCCUUGUUGAUUACAUCGUUCUGAUAACAUCUAGCAUCAGUCAGGCGGAACGAAUGCUGACCGAAUUCGAUGUAUGUAGAUGCACCGGUCUCGAACUGAAUCUGCAAAAAACGAUGUUCAUGCGUAACGGAUGGGUCUCGGAUGCCCUAUUUACACUCAACGGAACGAACAUAUCCGAAUGCACCAGCUACGCUUAUCUUGGUCGGGAAUUGAACAUGAUGAACGACCUGAUCCCCGAGCUGGGCAGGAGGAGACGAGCGGCUUGGGGAGCGUAUAAGAGCAUCGACGAUGUAGUGAAGAAGACCAGGAACACACAGCUCCGUGCUCACCUCUUCAACACCACCGUACUUCCUGCUUUGACCUAUGCUUCGGAAACCUGGGCAUUUCGCAAGCAGGAAGAAAACGCGGUGAGCGUCAUUGAACGCGCAAUUGAGAGAGUGAUGCUAGGAGUAUCCCGUUCCACGCAAGUGAGGGACGGGAUUCGAAGUUCUCUCCUACGUCAGCGAUCAAAGAUUACAGACUCUGCUGCGUUUGCCAAGGAAAGUAAAAUAAGGUGGGUCGGACACGUGAUGCGCAUUAACGACAACCGUUGGACCAGAGCCGUGAGCGACUGGGUUCUUUGCGAUAUUAAGCGCACUACAGGAAGACCGCCGACUCGAUGGUCAGACUUAUUCACGAAGUCCUUCAAAGAAAAAUAUGAUGCUCUCCGUGUCCCACGCGAAAGGAGGAACCACUGA